GACGGAAGCGGCUUCUACUUCGGUUUGAUGCAGGUGCCGCCGAGCGGAUUGAAGAUGUGAGUCUGUGCUAUGUGAAAAGACACGGAACCUCUGUGCAGGAUGAAAUCAAUUCGGAUUUUUGCACGCAUUAGCUUAGCUAGCCCUAGGUCGCGGGCUCACUGAGCAUUCUUUUUUUUCCUCCAAAACCAAACAGACGCGACUGGCUGUGAAGAUUUGGUGCCUAUUAUAUGAUUCUUGUUUCGAUUCACGCACACGUACUCAUACACGCAGUAAAUCAUUGAGGUUUGCAUUUACACGUGUUUUAAAACAUCAUUUUGACUCAAUUUUCUGUUUGAUAGUUGUCCUGAAAAGACAAGCUCAAUCUGGCUACACGGUAUCUUUAUACACGUUAUUUUUAUUUACAUCGACCUGUGAGGAAGAGGACCUUCGAGCAAGAACUUCACCAGGAUGAGAACUAGUUCGGUUAUUCCAGUAGCAUGCCUAUAUUCCCAGGGCCCGCUCCUCGUCCCGGUGGGGAUCUUGUCGUUUUCACAGGAGGUCGGGGGAGUGACUGGGCUCCUGACGCGGCCAGUGACGAUAAGUACCACGAGCGAGGAGGAAGCGGACGGCCCGGAUGAAUCUUCGAAGUUUCUGGAAAAACGGCGUCUUCAGAAGAAACUGAGUCGGAGUUUGCCUACUUUGCCACCAAUUCAGAUCUUCCCGCAGGGUAAAGAUGAAUCGAUCAAGCUCGAAGUCGAAACAAACGGAUUAGACUCGUCGAGGAGCGGGAGCCCCGUGCUGCUGGGGCACCACCUGUCCAGCCCCGCUGCCGGGCAGGGUGCCGGUAAAGUCGGGGACCCGGCUCCUGGUUUUACCACACCAACCGGCCCCAGUGCGAAGUCGAAGUCUUUGUUGAGUCCAGCACCGGGGCACCAGCCCGCAUCGGCGAAAAGUUCGCCGUCGCCCGGCGGCAAAGGGAGCCGCUUUCAGCUUUCCGAAGGCGACGUCGAGGGCAUCAUGCGCGGGGUCAAGAGCCCUGAAAUCCGAGAUGCCUACGCCGACGCAUUGGGUGAGGGUGAGGGCAAGGAUGACCCACCGCCUUCUGUGUAUAAUUAAUUGAUUCUUUCUUGCGCGCAUAAUAAUAAUUGGAAAGUUUUUUUAAAACAGACUGUUCUUGGGGCGAUUUUUGACCAAUUCUAAGUUACUUAUAUCAGGGGAAUUUUCAACAGCAAGAAAAUCAUGAAUACGACAGUUCUCCCGCGAAGUGGGACCGGAAGACGAUGCAAGACCUGGGCACGGUGAAGUUCGGGAAAGAUUUGCAAAAAAGCCUAGACGGAGAGGCAAUCCAGAACGGUUUGACGGACACGCACUGGGCCAAAAUUGUAGAUGAAGAUCUUUCUCGGGAUUUUUUUGACACCGUGGAAGAAGCCAUUUACGGUGAGUGGUUUAAAGAAAAUUUCGGAACCGAGGGCCCGACCAUGCAGCAAACUUUCUUCCUGAAAUACCUGCCGCUUCACUAUCCGAUGGCGCAAAUAUUCAAGGACAACUUUGUGCCUCAAUUUAUUGCAUUCUUCGGGCCCCCGGCUUGGGAAGCGUUAAAGAGAGCCAAGCGACAGGACGUCAAGGCUUUUGAAUACGGCAUGACGCCAAACGCGAACAGUCUCCUCGGUGCGCCGGCACAUACGGAACCGCCACACGCGUCGAACAUUUACAUGACCAUCAACGCGCAAAGGGCCGCACUGGAUUUCUACAAAAGCGUUUACACGACUGUAAACACGGGAUACGAAGAACACCUGUCAGGAACCGAAGGUGCAGCUUCCCGUUACGUGCAAUUUGUGCGGUGCGGCUCCUAUCCGGACUACAAGACGCCGGUGUGGACAAAAGACUCCGACGGGAACCAGCCGUGGAACCGACAGGUCAUCGAGUCAAAAUCGGCUGUAUGAGAUGGGAAAACCCAGGAGCCGUGGUGACCGGCAGGGCCGCGACGACGUGCGUCGUGAAUCGAUAAAAAAAGACAUCAAUGCGGUCAUGUUGUUCAUACAACUACUCUCGCAUGCAUGCUCUUGUAGAUGGAUGUCCUUGCCCUAUUCAGAGUAGAACUCAAAAAAUAGCUGUAAAACAAGAACUAUCAGGAACAAGAACAAGAACAAGAACAUGAACUCCUUUUUGUGUACGGUGAUGAUGAUGAUGCACAACAAACAGACAUUAUAGCGUUAGGACCACCUGCCCCAGGUUUCCCUUGCACAGUUCGACCUAGUGCACCAGCAGGACCUCAUGGAUGGACUGGUCGCAGUGGUUGCCGCUCGCCUUACCGUACUGAAAACCCGCUCCACCAGCACAGCACCUCAGCGGUAAGUACCCGAAGGAAGUGAGUUUGCAGAGUGCGGCUGCUUGUGUUGGCCAGUUUGUACAUGAAAAGUGUCAACACAAAAAGACAGACGCCGAAGGGAUUUGGCGUUAGGUCUCCUGUGUAGAGUCUCCAGUCGGAACCAAUCCCACCCCUGCUGCGCCGCGUCUUUCAGUACUCAUUAUGAAGUAGAAGACAUAAACGUAUAGUACGCACAUCAUCGUAUUUCCAGAAGCGCAACUUACUACUAGCUUCCUUCGAGUACAAGUACUAGACCGGUGGUGUAUUUUUGAUUUCCAUACUUGUCAAAGUCUCCUUCGCUUAUUUCAUCGAGAACUACGGCCGCGCGGACUUACGCGUGACGGGGAAAAACCGAGUCGGCUAUAACAUGAUGUCCCACAAGUGGCGGGCGGCGGAGGAGAGCAACAUCCUCCUGCAAGAGCAGCUACAACAGGACGCACAGAACUGGAAAUACGACAACACCUUUGUCUGUUUGUACUGCAACGACCAGUCGGGCAUGUUUUUCGAUUUGAUGGACCGUUGCGGACUGCAGCCGGCGGCUCUGCAGCUUGAGUACAAGUCCCAGCCCGCCGACCUAUUCUGGAUGUUCGACACUUUGAGCCACUUAGCCACGAACUACUACGUCGCGGGCUACUACGAUUUCCAAACACCGUUGUACCAGCAGCAGGAUCAUGGGAAGAACGUUCUGAAAAUGGAAAGCGUGUUUGUGAACGCCUUGUCCAGCCUAUCAUGGUGCAGAAUUGUUCAAGACCCCUUGGUUCCUCAGUUAUUUCGCAUGUGCAGCCACGAAUCCAACCUCUCUAGCUGCUGCUGCCUCUCUCUCAGACUCAUAAGCAGUGGGGCGGAGAGAAAAAAAAAUAAAAGUGAAACAGAAUCGAUGCAGCAGCGUCUUUGCGGAAUUUGGUAUAUUUGCUAUUGUUCGUUGUAGAAGUUUCCACCAUUAUUUCCUUGAAUCGGAUCGGAAACCCGUCUGGGUCUUAGUUUUGCCACAUGAUAGAGCACCUGGGUGGUUGGCGAGUUGCGUGCAGGGAUUGGGGCGCUGCGCGGAAAGGGAGAGGAGCGUGGCACGAAGUUCCAGCACGUUCCGUCCGUCGUUUACGGUUUUGCCAACGCCGCGGGCACGGGGGGCAAGACAGCCGUGAUCUACUGGGAGUUGCAUAGAGCGCCGCUGAAGGAGCACCUGAACUCGGAUCCGCGGCAGCGACUAUUCUUCGCGGAAGCCCAGCCGUUGGUGCUUACCCGGGACCAAGCGCGGGCCCAGUGGGAAAAUACAUUUUUUGAUUUAACGAAGUGGGCGAUGGAGUACGAGCCUGAAUUAGCGGCACGGACGGAAAUAUGCAUCGCAAAUAUGUAUAUGUCGGCGUCGGGAAGGAUGCAAACUUGUCAUGCUGAUUUUGGAACACCAACAGCAACGAAGAAAUAAAAAUCUGUCUUGCAGAUGGUCGGCAAGUAGAGGUUCGCAGUUUUUGUUUCUCGGAAAACGCAGGCUGCGCAUGAGGGAACCUCCGGAGGACCUACUAUGCUCUUCCUCUUCGGGCAUUCCAGACCUUCUGGCUAAUCCGAAAACGGCAUGACAGAUAUUUGCAUUCUGCCAGACUAGACAGAUUUGCAAUGCAUACGGAAAAAACCCCACGGGGGGAUCAAAAUCGGUCGUGAACAGUGUCUACGUUGAUCACCUGCGGUACGGGUUGUUGAAAGAUUUUGUGCAAAGCAUCGACACGGAAUGGACCAAACAAGAGUAUCCGAGAGCAAAAUUUUCAGUGAAUUAUUUUGUCUUGUAGUAGUACUUUCACACGAAAAAUUACACCUCUGCGUCGAACAGCUCGCCUUUGCAGAUAUAUCAGCUCGCACUUCGAUUGGUUCUCGAUAGAGUGUACAACCACGACGCACGAAGUCUUCCCAGCGCAAGAAAGACAGGUCGCUUUUUGGUUCUCGCAAAGCGUGUAAUUAAGUACUCAAGUACAACCUACCACCAUGGAAAAUAAUAAAAUAUCACAUGAAUUUUGCACGCUAUAAAAGGCUGAAGCACAACCACAACCGCGGCAACAAGGAAGUCGAGGUGCAGCUUAUGAAGGACUGGGAAGAUAUUGCGGAGGGGAAACGCACUGGGAAAACCAAACUUGACGAGAAGAACGCACUUAGUAAGGCGCGAAAUCGAAGUAAAACCCCAACUUCCUCGUCUUCCUCCUCCUCGGGAGCGGGUGUUCAAGGGAGUCGGAACCGCAGCGCGAGUAGAGGGGGAAGUGCUGCUCGCUCGAGUUCGCGUCCAGCAGCACGCAGUUAAGGCUUACAGAAAUUAGUUCCUACCCUUGUUCCCGAAAGCUUAGGUUUGAAAAAAAUGGAAACAAACCGCGAGGGGGGUUUAGCUUGCAAACUCUCGCAGUCGCUUGGAAUGGCCGAAGGCCAUGAAAAAUGUGGCUGGGAAGCAGCCAGCGCGCGAGCUUGGGGGAGAAUGGGCAGCCGUCUUCGGCGGGGCUGCCGCGCUUCUCCUGCCGGGCUGCCAGGAGUGGGCCUUGCGCUCCUGCUCGUUGAAAGCGAGUUGCUUUGAAGUGCCCUGCUAUUGGAAACGAAUUACUUGCAAUGCCUUGGCAUAGUCAGUAUUUUGUUUGUUGUGCUAGUAUAUUGCAAGCAAUUCGUGUUCAGCGCCACGUCGUUAAAAGCAACGCGCCUUCAAUAUAAGUAAGGGGUCGCCCAGCAGCUGCCACACUCUAGCCUUUCGGAAAUGCGUUCCCAAGGUUUGCCGGAAAUCCUGGGAGCACAUUUCGGCAAGGCCCCCACGUCGGAUUUGUGCUCUGGCCGGCGACAGGUCUGAAGACCUCGCGCAAAAUCGUCCGACGUCGGGGAGAUAAAGAAGUGCGCCCCUAGGAUUUUCGCCGCGUCGAGACCUGGGAUCAUAGUUCUGCAAAGCCCCCGCCUAAGAUGGUCUUGUGCGGGUUUUUCUGUGUUUCAAGGUCAGAAUACAAACUCGGAUAGCACUCUCGUGCUCUGGCCUGCAGAAGUGUGCUCCUAAGAUUUGUUGCUAUCGAACUCAAAUCCGAGAACUCCUCAGAUGCGAGCUCACGUCCGAGAACUCCUCACAUGUGAGCGCACAUCCACGAGUUAGCAGGUCAGAAGAACUGCGCAGCAUAAUCUUACGCGGCAGACUUACAGCAAUGCGCUCCUUGGAUUUGUGUGCUGUGCCUCCAAUUGCCUCACUUGGAGUCGCGGCCCAAACUUUCACGCGCAGAGCGCGGCGGUUCGCAAGUUUAGCCGAACCGGCGUAACGAUUUUGUUUCUGGUUUUCUGACAUUGUGUGCCCAUCACAGGAUUCCUGUGAUAGGCACGCAACACUUUGGGGGGGCCAGAAAUAAAGCUGCCGUGCCACUUCGGCUGUACUUGCGAACUUUGUUUGGUAAGUCGCGUGCGUAGGACGUGUAGUCAGACCGGGACUAUCGGUCGAAACGCAGAUCCUACGCACCUGCUUCAAAAUUUUUGAAAGCCGAAGCUUUUAGGAACUGCUCAGGGAACUAAUUUCUGAAAGCUCUAACGCAGUCGGUCCAGUUCGCGUCCAGCAGCACGCAGUCGGUCCAGUUCGCGUCCAGCCGACGUUCCGUCAAGUUCCAGUGUUGAAGCCGCCAAACGGGGCCCGCCACGACUGGUCCCCGCUACGUCACUGCGAAAGGCGAUGCAAAAAAAAUUGCAGCAAAUGGAAACGAGUUUGCCAAGCAUGCGGGAUCCGAAACAAAAACUGAGGUUAUCACACAGAACAUCAAAUAAACUUAGCUGCAUACGAUCAAGAUCAACAUACUAAAAAUUCUAUUUUUGACCUCCCACGUGCUCCUUGCACUAUGUCGUGGUUUCUAUUGCAUGUCGUGCCCGAUAGUUUGCUUGAAAUUGAAACGUCGUUGCAAAUAAGAUGACGAUUCUCUUCAGAGGACUUCGGUUGCAGUCGGUCCGGUAGGUGUUUUUCACUUUGGUCGUGGAUCAUGUGGAGCAGUCGGAUGGAAAUUGAUGAUGUCAUGUAGUUGAUACUGGUUUUCUGUGUGAUACGGUAGGCAAAAUGGAAGGGAGAAUGUUGUGGCUUCGCUAACAAGAGAGUUCGGAGGUCCAAACGGAAGUUGAGGAUGAAGGGCAGCUACUCGGAAGUUAUAUUUUGAGUUUUGUGAAAGUGGAACACGUAGUACAAUUUUGAACAGCAGUACCUUUAAUACCGGCGCACAUGGACGGAGUUCCAUCGUAGCGCACCAGCAUGUAGUAUUGAUUGAUGAUGGAUAUUCUCAUUUUUUUCAUGUGAAUUAGUACAACUACAUCGACAUUCAAUCAUUCAUUUUGGUAUUGUGUUUAUCUAUCAUCUAAUGUUUUUCAUCCAGUCGUGAUCAAGAUUCAGACUAUUCAUGUAGUUUUUUCUUUGUCUCCGUAUAAUUUUGCAACCAUUUUUAUUUUUGGAGUAUAGUAUUUCAUGCGUACGAGACUGCUCAUGUCAUCGAAUUCGCCAUGGUAAAGGAAGUCACGCACCUACACACGGGUAAGCACGACUACUACUUUGCCUUUGGUCUUGUGUUCAUGAUCUCCGUGGACGGCAAUGAAGCAAUACCAGCUGAGCCUGAGACAUGGCAUUUGUAGCUAGGUACAACCACCAGUGUUGCUGCUGACGAGAGAACACGCAUUCAAUUGCUGAUCGGUCCAAAUUACCUCUGAGCGCACAAGAACAACGACG